UCAAGUUUACGCUCCACCUCCUAACGGUCAAAACCUACAUGAAACAGAGAGAUUUGAAGUGAAGCUCGCAGCUGACAGAGAUAGACAAGAGAAAGGAGGGAGAGAUAGUGAGGGGGGGGAAUGGAGAAGAGGAGACAGAGUUAACAAACUGUUGCUGCGGCCCAGGCACCGGCUGAACUGUAACUGGGAUGAAGGGGUUGUUAAGCUCGCGUUUGACUUUGUGAUAGUUGAGGUUAAGAUGGUUAUGUAAAAAAAAAGAAAAAGAAAGAAAAAGAAAAGAAAAAAGAGACCUGUUGCUGUUGUCGUUACCACUGUCAGCCAGCGUCGUGUCAAAGUGCUUGAUGGCUGUUACGCAGGCUGUGCUCCCGUCCUUCAGCUCCUUCUCCAACUUUGCUCACUCCAGCGACAGUAUGAGGGUGUGGAAGUCUGAUGGUGGCUCUCUCAAUCUGGACUCUCUAAGCAACAGACUGUCACCUGGCAGCGCCGACCCGAUGCAGGUCUCUCAGCCACUGACAGAGGAGCACAUGGACGAGGACAGCGAGGCGUCCUGGGACAUCGAGCUGCUGCUGUCUGAAUGGAGUGGCUCGUCACCUGACUUCACUCUUCCUCUGGACAACGGCACUCAGCGGUGUCCGCAGCUCGACCAAAGCACCAUGUACCAAGAGGUGGGUACGUUCAAGGACCAGGCUGGGCAAGACAGCCUUCAGAUGAGCGGCCCCAUGGUGGAGCUCGUGCCCCCUGUUGACACCGCAGCACCGGUGCUUCCCGAACUGUACAACAGGAGCUACGGUGACGACCACCCGGGCCGGCCGGCGUUCCCCAGUGUGCCUAAUGUUGGCCAGUUUGGUUUUCCUCAAGGAAGCAACAUGGGGAGACACAGCAGUGACAGAGGAAACCUCAAUAAAGCCACAUCCUGGGACUUCAACCUCUGUUAUCCCCAGCAGCACCCCUCCAUGGUGGCCUUCCCCGACAGCAGGUUCCUCCCGCCCCAGGCCUUGACCCCUGACCCGCGACACUACAGCUACAUCCCAAACCUCACUCAAAAUGCCAACCUCUUUCGCAACUAUACACACAGCCAGGCCAGCACUCAUUUCUCCCUCAUGCAGCAGCCACUGCUGGCCGGGUCUCCGCUCCCCCCUGGUGGGGUGGAGGGGAAGCGUGGCAGGCGGGCCACGGGGAAAAAGCGGCCUGCCAUCCACAGCUGUGAAUACCCCGGCUGCAGCAAGACCUACACCAAGAGCUCCCACCUCAAGGCCCACCUCCGCACCCACACAGGAGAAAAGCCGUACCACUGUUCAUGGGAGGGCUGCGGCUGGAAAUUCGCCCGCUCCGAUGAGCUGACGCGUCACUACCGGAAGCACACAGCAAAACCCUACGAGUGUCUGCUGUGUCAGAGGGCCUUCUCCCGCUCCGACCACCUGGCUCUGCACAUGAAGAGGCACAACUGACACACACACAUGCAUACACACACUGGUGCACUAGGGUUAUUAAGUGACUGUGCUCGUAGUCCUGGACUAAUGAUGAGUCCUAUACCCCAAAUUUGUACCAGAUUAUCUGAGGGGUUAUCAAACAGGCCCACACGCAGACUUGUAGCUCAUGAAAAUGUAUCUUAUAGCACAGACACUGGUAGAACGACAUUACAUACAUCAAGCAUGUGGGGCCUGGAAGUGAAAAUGUUGCUGAUAACACUUGUCAAAUUUGGCAUUUUAACACACGCUGUUAGAAUACAACAGCUCUGUUGGUGUAUAUUUGUGUUAAUUUUUCAAAACACUUCAAUAC